UCUCAGUAAACUCUGCUGGGCACCGCUGCGCGUCAAAACAUUGCGUCUCUGCAGGACUUGCCAGGGCCGGAGAGCGGAGGAAAUUUGCCUAGGGAAGGAAUGCGAAAGAGCUUUUAGGAUUGGCACCGCCACCAAGAAAACGAGGAACUGCGACAUUUUUUAGGCUACGUGGAGAGACGUGUUUUUACUCCUCUCAAAGGUGUUUACCUCCCGACCCACCGCCCACCACGGCCCUCACCUGUGUGUUGCGGUGCUUCCCCUGUGAGCCGACCUGGGCCGGCAGUCCGUUUUUGCACCGCCCGCCAACACCGCCCAUGGUCAGGAUGACGCGCUCCAAGACGUUCCAGGCGUACCUGCCGAGCUGCCACCGGACGUACAGCUGCAUCCACUGUCGAGCUCACCUGGCCAACCACGACGAGCUCAUUUCCAAGUCGUUCCAGGGCAGCCAGGGCAGAGCUUACCUGUUCAACUCAGUGGUGAACGUUGGGUGUGGCCCUGCAGAGGAGAGAGUUCUGCUGACAGGCCUGCAUGCUGUGGCGGAUAUCUACUGUGAGAACUGCAAGACCACUCUGGGCUGGAAAUAUGAACAUGCUUUCGAGAGCAGUCAGAAGUACAAAGAGGGCAAGGUCAUCAUCGAGUUGGCCCACAUGAUCAAGGACAACGGCUGGGACUGAGGGGCGAGCAGCUGAGUGACGACCACGUCGGAUGGGAGGGAGGCAGGGGGUUGUGGGGGUGAUUGUGUGCGGUGGGUGAGUGUGUGACUUUGGUUUGGCUGAUUUACCAUUAACCUCUGUAACUUACUGCCCAUCCACACACCUCUUGAUGUACACACACGCGUGCGGUAACACACACCGAGGUCCCAGACAUCCCAGUUUGACAGGAGGACAGACUAAUAGGUGACUGGCCAGCGAUCGGCAAGACGUUACGUUUUGGUUUUAGUUUUAUAAAACACAAGCUCUGAAAAGCAGCUCCGCAAAACGUUCCCUCUGCUGUGUUGAUUAUUCUACCUUUGUCUGAACAAAAUAGCGCCUGCCAGGCGUCCAGUGGGCUCAGUCCAGUGGCAGCUCGCUUUGGUUUUGGUUGAAGAGCUGAUCACUGGGUCCCCAACAUGAAUGAGACCUAAGAUGAUUAUAGCAACUGAUUGGGGCUGUGCCAUCUGGGCCUGAUGAGGUCCGAAUGGGCCUGAACACACGGGCUUCUAAAGGGUUCUGUAUGCAGAGAUUACCACCCGCUUGGCUGUUCCUUCAAAAAAAAAAAAAAAAACGGUGGAAAAUCUAGAUCCAAGUGUUGCUGCUUUCAUGGCUUCUGACUGGGAUCCCUUCAAUGCCUCGCCACUGAUGCAGGCCAGGACGAAACGAGAAGGUAAACGGAUGCAGACGGACAGCCACCUGCUAUCUCUGAAAGCUCACAGGAAUGUGUCGUCGAAGCAGCGAAAGCAGCUCCUCUGGCUUUUGUUCCUGCUUCAAAAAAACAUAAAGAGAUGUACUGAUCCUCCCGUGUUUGACGUCUUGCGUCUGCGGAUGCAGCAAUGCGUCCGCUGUUGUCGUUGGGUCGUGUAGAGUUACGUACCGGGACGGCAAAUCUGUCUGGGAGUCCCAAAGGUUUGUGAACACUGUGAGCGUCUCUCUGCCGUUGUAGGGCAAAGAGCAAAGGUGAUGCGGCUCUGCAGGGUUUGUAGUAAUCUGUCAUUGAUGUGCCCCCUCACCCCCUGCUGUCAUGCAAACAGUGAGUAAAGUCACUAGUGCUUGACUAAUGUAAAAUGAAAAGUAUUGACUUUUAUUGCAAUGGUACAUGACCACAAAGGCACUCGGAUCUCUGAGUAGAAACUACUGACGUUAGGUUUUCUUUCUGUCUGGGAUCAGUGCUGUGAAACUGCUGUUACUCUGAUCUGUUGUCCUGACAAAAACACCAGGCAACGUAAAUACGCAAUGUACUUGACUCGCUCGUACAGCGGCCCUCAGAAGAUCACACACACCUCCUAAAAUGUCGGGUUUUUGUGAUGUGAAACAAAUUGCAAAAAAUAUUUAGAAACGCUUCCAGCUUUAAUCUUAAAAACCCUGAACAAUUCAACUGGAAAACAAGCAAAUGGAUUAGGAAAAAAUAUAAAAAAUAAUCCCACAGCUUUAUUUCUAGACUCAGUUAACCGUAACCUUGAAGAAAAUCAGCCCAGGACAUAAUGCUGCCACCACCAUGUUUCACUGUUAGUGUGGUGUUCUUUUGGUGAUGCAGUGUUGUUUUUUUGGAGUUUUGAUCAACAUUUAGGUUUUGAUUUCAUCUGACUGCAACACAUAAUAAUGCAAAGUUUUAAAAUAUGUUCUCGUUUAAAAUCUGCCUCAUAACUGUAUUCAUCUUGGUUUCAGUGGGUUUUGGAGAAAUAUUCAGUUUUCUGUGCCAUGAACAUUUUUAAUAGUGUGGAUUAUUUUGUCCCCUUUUUCUGAGGUCCCAUUGAUGCUUUCAGAAUUUCUGCAAACGCGACUUAAUAAAUAUCAGAAAAAUGCAGAUUUGUUUUUCAGUUGAAUUGUAGAUGCUGCAUGCUAAAAUAAAUGUGGAGCAAGUUUUACGAUCAUUUAUUUUUACCUGAUUUUUGUUUUUCAAUCCCAAAUCCCCGGCAAUUUGGUAGGAGUGUGUGCUACUUCCAACAUCCACUGUACUUCCUUUCUGCUACUCACAUGUCUAUUGGUCGACUUCACUGGGUUAGAUUUGAGCUCCCGUCUCUUUGGUACAUCAUUUCUAACUUUUCUUUGCUAAGGCCAGGAUCCUACUACAUCUGCUGCGUACGUAUUGUUAUCUGAUGGAAAGGGAGAACAUUUACGACAGCUGGAUCCGCGUGCGUGAUAUAAAACUGACUAGUUUUGUGUCCUCAUCACAUUUCUCGUGAAAAGAACAUUGUGUGUUGGCAGUGAAAUCCUGUGCUGGAAUACAAAAUCUAAUCAGUUUCAUUUCGUCCGUUUGGGCUGCGUAAUCGAUUCACGGGCAGAUAAGAUCUGAUCCCGGUUUGGAAACGUAAAGAAACGAGUUCCUCUGUUCUGUUUGUCGCGAACACGAGCGUCCCGUCGACGCUGCUCCAGAUGUCGCCCUUUAACUAGUGUUAACUAGUGUAACUCGGCUCCAGCUGAACCCAAACUGUUGAGUCUGAUCGGUAACUCGCAGCAGCUGGGGGGUCAAGCUGCACGCUGCGACUAUAAAUCCAGCACAACCAAAGAACCCACCCAUCAACAAUAAUUUGACCAAACAAAAGAUUUAACUUUGCUUGGACAACAUGUGGCAAAACAGGAGAGUGUGUAUUUAGUUGACAGCCAAGUUUUUUGUGGAUGGCCUUUCUCUGUUAUAUAUGUACUGCAUUUUGAUUUUGUAAAAAGAUCUUAAUAUAUGCAUAUAUUCUAUUUACUCUAUUCAUCAUGAAGAUUUCCGUUCAUGUCGACCUCUGUGUUACGGAUUGUAAAUAGUGUUAAUGUAUCGUGUUUUAUCUAUGAUCCACAUGAUGAUGAAUGAAUACGAUUUAGGUCACGUCACGCUUUCUCUCGACCGGUACCCCACAUUGGCUGUAUGAUACUACUUUUUUACUGAAAAUGUUUCGAUUUUAAUGUCUUUUGUAAAAGGAGGAUGCUCAUGUUGACUAUAUCAUUGGAUCUUCAUCUAAUAAAAUGCACCUUAAUAUCUGUA